UCUUUUCUUUUCAGUAUUUGAAUUUCUAUAAACAUCGUGAAACAAAUUAAAAUAAAUUCGAAGAGUUGCAAGUUAAAGUUCUUUAUUAAAAACUCAAUAUGUAACCAUUUUUCUUUUAAUUAUAAUGAUAUAUUAUCUUGUAUUUUCGUAUGGGUUCGAGGGUAUUUUAUCAUGUUUCAGGAGCUUCGUGGAUCUCGCCACCUUAGCGUUGCAUAGACGAAAUGAGAUGGAAGCAAGGAUUAAUGUUUUCUCUAGUAAAUGUGAUCACGCAAUUGACAACAUCAAAAAGUUAAACAUGAUGGCACAUGGCUUUGUUCAGCAACUUAAUUGUGAACCAGCAGAACUGAAGGAGAGAUUCCUAAAUUGUAUGAAGCAGCUUGAUGAAUUCACCUACCUAAUUACUGAUUUCAAUCUAGCCAUCAAUAAAUUGGGUAAGUAUAAUUUUUAUUACAUAUAUUUACUAUGUAGUCACCAUCAUUAUCACAGCCCUUAACAAGUCCACUGCUGAACAUAGGCCUGCCACAAAUCACGGUCCUGAGCCACCUGCAUCCAUCAACUUCCUGCAUGGCUUAUUAUGUUGUCACUCCAUCUAGUGGAGGGCCGCUCCACUAGAUGGAGCUUUCCUUCUUAAUUAAAAUACUAUAAAUGCAUUUUAAAUUGAAAUAGAGGGCCAACCUAUUUUUAAGACACUACAAAUGUACCAAAUUAAAAUUAUAUCAUGUAGUUAUUGAUUUGUAGUUGCAUCAAUUUACCCAAUUGCAUGUUUUAUCUAUAUUUAUUUGUUUUAAUAUAAAGAGGUAAAGUUUGUAAGUUUGUGAGUUUGUUUGUAGAAAGUAAUAUCUGGAACUACAGAACAAUUAAAAAUUCUUUAAUGUAGGUUACAUUAUUCCUGAGUGACAUAGGCUAUAUUUGAUUGUGAUAAAUAAUAUUUUUAAUGUGAAAUAACAAUAUUUGUCCGAAAAUAAAUCCUGAACACUCAGUACUAAGAACCACACAAGGUAAUUUAAUUGCAAGUUAAAAUGUUUGACGCUCAGCAAAGUGGGCACGGGACAGGUAGUUAAGACAUAUUUUAGUAAAAUUGAAAAUUAGAUUCAAUCAAUAAAAUCCAAGGCUCAGUAUGUGCACUUCAACCUGCAGUCGAUGAUAUUACUUGAUAGGUGCUUUCAUAUUUUUGACAAUGUUAAGAGAAAUGAUAGUUAAGUAUCUGUAUUUUUUUGUUUAAGAUCUUAUUUAAUUUAGUUAUUAUUCCGACUUUACUACACCUAGUUUUAAAUAUUAUUAUAAAUAGAAACAAUGUCCUAUAAUUCUAAAAAACAUUUAUAGAUCAAUAUAGCAAUCAAAACAGAAUGAUUUUUGAGAGAUCAGACAGCUUUGUAUGCUUUAAGGCACGGGGGUGAAAUACUGUCAAGUACUUGACUCCUGAGCUUUGUUACUGGCUACUUAAGUGAAUUUUAGUCAGAUAACCCAAUUAUUGAUUUUGGUCUGACCCAGGAUUUGAACCCGGGACCACAUGAUGAGUUUUGCAGUUGUGUUUACGUCCACUAGACCAAGGGGUCAGUAGAAUCCACAGGAUACUAAACCAACUUCAUGUAUUUUUAUUUAUAUUUUUAUAUAAAUAAUAAAAUUGAGUUUUACUUCCAAUAUUAAAUUAAUAGUUGUCAUUGAUUUAAUAUUUUUCCAAUUUAAAUAAUAUUGCAACUGUACACUAAAUGGCAACAUUUUGUAACAAAUAUAUGUACACCAAAGAUUGUUACUGUAACUAAUGUGCAAUUCCUACUCUAGCUGAUAUUCUAUUUUGUCUUGCAUUGUAUUACCACCCACAAUGUCUCUACUUCAGUGUCAUUAUCAGUAACAAUAAAGUAUAAAGCUUUUAAUAUAUAAAAUAUAAAUAUAUUCUGUUAGUAUUGAGUUGAUUUCAUAAUCCCCCUGUGUAAAGAUACCCAUUGUCAAAACAUAGGGACUGUACUAUGAACAUCUUGAUUGUCCCUAAAGGCCAGUAAUUGGCACUUCGGUAUAAAUUUUGGCAUGACAACAUCUAGGAAGAGAGAAAUAAAAAUGUUUUUUCAAUGAAACAUUUAUAUUUUUUUACAAUUCGAAUUUGUGUACUUUCAGUACUCUGCCAGCUUUUGCAAACAGUAAUACACACAGUACUUCAAAGUUGAAUCCUAAAAUAGCAAUCGUUUUUACAACACCUUAGCAUUACUUUGUAAAUAUUUGCAAAAUUUAUAGUUUAUGUAUUUCUUAUAGUUUUGUUAGAUUAUAAUUCAAUUUUUUUUAAUUUUCCACAAAGAUCUGAAAAAAUAUCAAUAUUUUCCCACUACCAGCCGAGACAACUCUCCAGGCUUGAAAGAAAAUGGUAGGGGAAUGUAAAAUUCUUGAAAAAUAGAUAUUUAAUAGACAUGCAAUAUACUCAUAUUUAUUAAAGAUUAAUUGAUGCUUUUACCGAGUCCAUCAUGACUGAGCCAUUACCAAACCUGUUCCUUUUCUUUCACAUUCAAUACCAUUGCCAUUAUUACUUGCUUUAGAGGCAAUAAAAUUUUUGAUAUUUUUAAGGUUGUAGCAUUUUUAAGCUAUAUGACCAUAAAAAAAAUAUUGCAUGUAUCACUUUUAUACUUUCAGGCAGUCUGGUGAGUAAAAUGUGGUCACAUGUGGUAAAAUUAAAAUGCCUAGGCUUCUUUAUUCACCACAAAUAGCGUCGCGCUAUAAUAAUUCAUAUGUCCCAAUUUUAAAUGCAAAUACAUAAAAGCAUCUGAAAAAUUCAUCAAAUCCCAAGGGGAUUCACCAACACAUAUUAAAACAUCAUAGGAAAUUACAUACAUAAACCUUCACGCCUGUCGCCCAGAGGGUUAGGCAGAGACUACGGACAUCCAUUUGGCACAAUCCUGAUACACCUCUCUCGCCUCCUUCACAGCCAUAUACCUAUGCAUACGUGCUCGUCGGUUAAGGGUACUAUUAAUUUGGCCCAUUUUCAAUAUAUCGCCGAUUUGGUCAAUAAACUUUAUAGGAAAUUCUUUGAUUUUAAUGAUCAUACACUAUGUUACAGAAGCAACUAACAGUACGGAAUUCGCACCAGUCCAUGACACAUCUACAAGAGCAUUACCGGCUCCAAUGAUCUAUGGAACAUUUAACCUUAUGGAUGCAUUAACAGAACCAGCACCAUCCACAUCUCAAGCUUGUCCUAAUCUAUGCCCAUCAGAAAAACCAAUUCGUAAGAAAGUGCCAAAGGAAGAGCAGGUACUGAUUGCAUUUUCAAGUGCAUCAAGCUCAUCGGAAAGUGUGCCUCAUGUCAAGAAUAAAACUUUGGAGAAGGAGGUUCAAUGUAAAAUGGUAGAGGAUAUGAACAAAUCCCCGGCUAAAAUCAAUGGUGAGGUCAAAAUUCUGCAUCAAAUUGAUAAUUUGCAAUUCUUAGUCUUCCUGUCACUCCAAACAUGGGUUCCAUGCUGGUCAUUUGCUUGUUGAAACAUACUGUAGGGUUAGCCAAGUUAUGAGUGUAAACAUUACAAGUGGUCAAAUUAAAAAUUUUGUACAACCGACUUCAAUAUAUAAAUAAAAUGAGAACAUCAAUUAAAUAUGCAUUAUUAAGGAUAACUCGAAAACUACUGGUCAGAUUAGACAGAUCAGAUCAGCUUUCAAGUAAAAAAGAAUCAUCAAAUUCGGUUCAAAAAUUUCAAAAAUUUCUGAGGUAACACAC